CUAUGGGGAAUGUGGCGCGAGAGAUCCUGGCAACCCUGUGUACAUACAAACUUCUGCCUGAAAAAAAAAAUCGAUAAAUAGUUUUCUUUCACCUUUUUGUCUAAAGUCUGGGACGUUUGGCCGUUUGUUUCUUCAAAUCCACAGGAAGUAGCGUUCACCAAGGAGAAAAUGCCCCGCAGACGACAGAGACACAUGGCAGGCAGUGGUUCAGAUGGAACUGAAGACUCAGACUCGUCCGCUGAAAGAGAGCAGACCAAUAGUUCAGAGAGUGAUGGAAACAUGCCGAAGAGACAGCGUCUCACCAGAGCCUCUACACGCCUUAGCCAAAGCUCUCAGGACACUCCGGACUUGAAACGAGCUGCAGACCACGAUGAAUCUCCACCAUUGACGCCCACAGGAAAUGCCCCCUCCUCUGAAUCUGAGCUGGACAUCUCCAGCCCCAAUGCUUCUCAUGAUGAGAGCCAGGCCAAAGACCAAGCCAACAGAGACUCAGAUAAAGACCUCUCCCAUCGACCUAAGCGCCGCCGCUGUCAUGAGACCUACAACUUUAACAUGAAAUGCCCUACACCGGGGUGUAAUUCACUUGGUCACCUCACGGGGAAACACGAACGUCACUUUGCUGUAUCAGGUUGCCCUCUUUACCACAAUCUUUCUGCUGAUGAGUGCAAGGUGAAAGCCAUCAGCCGUGAGAAACAAGAAGAGGAAGUGAAAGGGCAGGAAGAAAGCAACUCACGCCAUGCAACGCGUCACCAGACACCAACAUCGAAACAGAGCAGGUACAAAGAGCAGGUGGCUGAGAUCAGGAAGGGGCGAAACUCUGGCCUGCAGAAGGAGCAGAAAGAAAAGCACAUGGAGCAUCGGCAGACACACAGCAACACCAGAGAACCUCUGCUGGAGAACAUCACCAGUGAAUAUGAUCUGGAGCUGUUCAGGAAAGCUCAGGCCCGAGCAUCUGAAGACUUGGAGAAGCUGCGUAUCCAGGGUCAGAUCACAGAGGGCAGUAACAUGAUCAAAACCAUCCUGUUUGGCCGCUACGAGCUGGAUACCUGGUACCACUCGCCCUAUCCUGAGGAGUACGCACGUCUGGGUCGCCUCUACGUCUGCGAGUUCUGCCUGAAGUACAUGAAGAGCCAGACCAUCCUCAGGCGACACAUGGCAAAGUGUGUGUGGAAGCAUCCUCCAGGAGACGAGGUGUACAGAAAAGGAGCUAUAUCUGUGUUUGAAGUCGACGGCAAAAAGAAUAAGAUCUACUGCCAGAACCUGUGUUUACUUGCCAAGCUUUUCCUGGACCACAAAACGCUGUAUUACGAUGUGGAGCCGUUUCUCUUCUAUGUCAUGACUGAAGCUGAUAACACUGGCUGCCAUUUAGUGGGAUACUUUUCCAAGGAGAAGAAUUCCUUCCUGAACUACAACGUAUCGUGUAUCUUGACGAUGCCACAGUACAUGAGACAGGGCUUUGGCAAGAUGCUCAUUGACUUCAGCUACCUGUUGUCCAAAGUGGAAGAGAAGGUGGGCUCACCAGAGAGGCCCCUGUCUGACCUGGGCCUCAUCAGCUACCGAAGCUACUGGAAAGAAGUGUUACUCCGAUACAUGUACAACUUUCAAGGCAAGGAGAUCUCCAUCAAAGAGAUCAGUCAAGAAACAGCUGUUAAUCCGGUGGACAUUGUGAGCACCCUGCAGUCUCUUCAGAUGCUCAAGUACUGGAAGGGAAAGCACUUGGUGUUGAAGCGACAGGACCUGAUUGAUGAGUGGAAAGCAAAAGAGAUCAAGCGGGGCAACAGCAACAAAACCAUCGACCCGAGCUCACUAAAAUGGACCCCUCCAAAAGGGACAUAAGCACUAAGAUCCUCAGGCUACUGAAUGAACUCACCUCCAGCCUCACCAGCCACAAGUAGCCUAGACCUAUGAACUGUCAAUAAAGAUCAGUGUUUGCUUUCUGUCAUUUUUUUUUAUUUUAUCCUGCUUAGUUCUGCUUAUUUGUGUCAUUUUUUUACUUUUAUAUUUUACUUUCCUUCAUAUUUUAAGCACCAUACGUUCCAAAUCGACUGAUUCUUGACAGUAGAAAAUCUAUUUGUCUUAUUUGUUUUAAAACUGCCUACGUCUACUAAGCUUUGAAUGUUAAAUGAUAAACGGUCCAGUGUGGUGGAUAACAUGAAUGUUAAAAAAAAAAAAAUACAUACCUACAUUUUGCAGCAUUUCCAGGCUGUUAUUUUUAUUUCUUUCAAGAAAUGUGCAUUUUGAAGAUGGUAGAUAUUUUUGUUUGGGAUUAAUACAAUAAUCGUUAGCAUGAACUGAAGCCGUAAGCGGAGUGUGUCUCGAGGAGUGUGAUGUAUGGUAACGUCUUUGGUUGGUGAAAAAUUGUAUAGAUCAUAGUAACGUGUACUUUUUUUCUCCCUAGCUCCAUCAAUACAGGAUUUGGACCCAUUCUUCUGGUGAACCUGCCAAAUAAUGGAAUAAUAAAUUGAGAUAUUUUUAAUCUGCUGAGAAUAUGAUAAAAUGAUGACAAUACCACUGUAAGAAUGCACAUAGAAAUAAAACAACCUCAGGUUUUUAUACUGAUACAAUCAUACCUUGCUCGUGUGGUUUCUCUGAAACAUCAGUGGUUGUUGCAGGUGGAUUUAUUCUGGUUAAAGAUUCUGUAAUAAAAACAGAAAACAUAAUGGGAUUAUCUUUGCCUUGUACUUUUGAUCAUAAUUGUUAAAUGUGUAUGAGCAAUUUGAUAUUUUUAAUAUCAAUAAAAGCUGCAUUGAUAUUUUGAAA